AGGGUCAGAGCAAGGCUGCUCCGGGCAGCCAACAGCAAGAACACAGGUCCUGAGCAGAAAGAAGAAGCUUGACCAAGGACCCCAGAGGAUGGAAGCCCCUUGGUGGUGGCCGCUGGUCACUGUGCUCAUGGCUGGGGCUCAUUGUGUGGCUCUGGUUGACCAAGAAGCUUCGGAUCUCAUCCAUUCUGGCCCCCAGGACAGCAGCCCUGGGCCUGCCCUGCCCUGCCACAAAAUCUCUGUGAGCAACAUAGACUUUGCCUUCAAACUCUACAGACAGUUGGCUGUGAACGCCCCUGGAGAGAACAUUCUCUUCUCCCCGGUGAGCAUCUCCCUGGCCUUGGCCAUGCUUUCUCGGGGGGCCCCAGGGGCCAGCAGGACCAAACUCCUGGAGGGCCUGGGGUUCAACCUCACUGUGGUGCCUGAGGCGGAGAUCCAGGAGGGCUUCUGGGAUCUGAUGCUCAGGCUCCCUGGGCAGGGUCCCCGGCUCCUCUUGACCAUGGCCCAGCACAGGUUCAGUGGCCUGGGCACAAGGGCCAACCAGAGCCUAGAGGAGGCCCAAAAACACAUUGACGAAUACAUAGAGAAGCAGACCCAGGGGAAGCUUGGGGUCUGGGAGAAGGACCUCAGCAGUGAAACCACAGCAGUUCUGGUGAAUCACAUGCUCCUCAGAGCUGAGUGGAUGAAACCCUUUGACUCACGUGCCACCAGCCCAAAGGAGUUCUUUGUAGAUGAGCACAGGGCUGUGUGGGUGCCCAUGAUGAAGGAGAAGGCCAGCCACCGCUUCCUGCAUGACCCUGAGUUGCAAUGCUCUGUGCUGCAGAUGGACCAUGCUGGGAACACCACCACCUUCUUCAUCUUCCCCAACAGGGGCAAGAUGAGGCAGCUGGAAGAUGCCUUGCUGCCCGAAACACUGAUUAAGUGGGACAGUCUGCUCAGGACCAGAGAACUCGAUUUCCACUUCCCCAAAUUUUCCAUUUCUAGAACCUACAGACUGGAGAUGCUCCUCCCACAAGUGACUGUGGAUGGAGGCUUCCCUGGGCAGCCUGGACUGAACAUCUCUAAAGUCACUCAUAAGGCCAUGAUGACUCUGGAUGAGAAGGGCUCUGAAGCUGCUGCAGCCACCAGCAUUCAGCUCACCCCCAGGCCUCACCCAGACCUUGACCUCUCACCCACUCCAGGCACUGAGUUCAGUCGGCCCUUCCUAGUGAUGACUUUCCACAUGGAAACGGGAAGCAUGCUUUUUCUGGGGAAGAUUGUAAAUCCACUGGGAUAACGCCCCCUCAGACAUGCUGCGUG